AUGCAGGUGCAAGAAAAUAUUGAAGCCAAUGGCCUAGAUGACCAUUUGUUUGCUUUGGAAGCUGCUGCCAAGACAGCCCUGGUGAAAGCUUUGGAGAACCACGAAAAACUUUGGGUUGAAAAGGCUAAAAUAAGGUGGAUGAAACAGGGUGAUAGAAAUUCUAAGUUCUUUCAUUUGUCUGCAAAAAUGAAGAGACUUAGAAAUACUAUCAAAUAUCUCAAAAAGAAUGAUGGAUCUAUGGUGGAAGGUCAGGAGCAAUUGGGUGACUAUAUUGUGCAAUUUUAUGAGGAUUUUCAUAAGGCAAACCCAAUCAUGGAGCAUGCAAAGGUGCUGGAAAAUAUUCCCUUGAUUCUUCAACAAAGAGAUAUCUACAGGCUAGACUCCAUGCCAGGUGAUGCAGAGAUAAAAAGGGCAAUGUGGGAACUUGACCCUAACAGUUCUCCAGGGCUAGACGGUUUCUCUGGUGCUUUUUUUAGAAGAUGUUGGCACAUUGUGGAGAGGGAGCUUCGCAGUAUACUGGUGGUCGUCGUCUCUUCUUACAAUAAUGGAGAGAUGGAUGAGGAAAUUUAUCUGGACUGGGAGGUGGACACACUGAGAUCGAUUAUUGUGAAAUGGGACUCUCUGUGUACCAAGGAGGAAGGUGGUUUGGGAAUAAGGAGCCUCAGAGACUCAAAUAUGGCCAUGCUCUGCAAAAUGGUUUGA